CCUCAAUUUUUGAAAUAAACUUUCACACAAUACACAAAUUUAAUAAUAAUAUUUUGUUGUACUUAGUAUCAACAAUAAAAUUUGUUCUUUUUUAAUCACUUAUAAAAGUUUAUUUAUAAAUUUAAAUCAUUGAGUAUGCUGCGCCAGUGUUUUUUACGCUGCUUAUUAGAUUCGCAUGCGCCUGUUAAAUUACCUCAUAAUGAGGAAGUUUUGAUAGGUCGCAGUAAAGUCACCAAAAUUAGAGAUCAGUCUUGUUCUCGUCAACAAAUCAGUUUAAAGGCAGACUGUGAAGAGUGCGAAGUUGAAAUUAAGCCAAUAGGUAUAAAUCCUUCUGGCUUAGACGGAUUCGCUUUACAAAGAAAUGGACUGUAUACAGUGAAACAUGGUAGUAGAAUUGAAAUUUUAUUGAAUAACUACAUACAUGUAAUUGAGUUUGACCCACCACCUGACUGUGACAUAACUAAUAAUAAUAAAAGGAAGCUAGAAGAGGAAAAGCAUGAAAUAUCACCGAGGAAAAAGUCAAAAACUCAAUCAGAAUUGGAGCAAUCCUCAAAUAUAAAAGAAGCUAUGGAGAAUAUUUGGGAGGAAGUUGAUAGAGGGGAAGUUUAUGUAUUUACCACUAAGGGUGUUAAGUCUAGCCAAAAAAUUGCUGCUUUUGAUAUGGAUGGCACAUUGAUUAAGACAAAGUCUGGCAAAGUGCAUCCUGUUGAUACUAAUGAUUGGCAAAUAGCCUUCCCUCAAGCCUCAAAGAAAUUAACUGAAAAAUUAAAUGAUGAUUACAAGAUUGUAAUCUUCAGUAACCAAUCUCCAAUUGGAAGUGGAAGGGUUAAAAUUGAUGAUUUUAAGAAGAAAAUUGAGGGUAUCGUUGCAAAAUUAAAUGUUCCAAUACAAGUUUAUUUGGCUACUGGAAAAGGAUUUUAUAGAAAGCCUGGUCUGGGUAUGUGGAGAGUACUCUCUGAACAGAAAAAUGACAAUCUCACCAUUGACAUGGAUAUUAGCUUUUUCUGUGGAGACGCUGCAGGUAGAGCAGCUAAUUGGGCUCCAGGGAAAAAGAAAGAUCAUUCUAUGGCUGAUAUACUAUUUGCAGAAAAUCUGGGACUUAAAUUUUAUACACCAGAACAGUUUUUCCUUGGUCAUUCCAUAGCAAAUGUCCCAAUGAUUAGACCAGAUUUUAACCCUAAGGAAUUAAAAGCAGAGGCAUUCAAUGAUGCUUUAAUAAGUAAAGAAAAAGAGCUACUCGUCUUAGUUGGUUUUCCUGGUAGUGGCAAAUCUUUCUUAGCAAAAACAAUUGUGGAGAAAUCUGGGAAUAAAUAUGCAAUUGUUUGUCGUGAUGUCAUGGGUACAUGGCAAAAGUGUGCAACUGAAGCUACUAAACUAUUACAGCAAGGUAAAAGCGUCAUUGUCGAUAGUACUAAUCCGGAUAAAGAAUCUAGGGCUCGCUGGACGAACCUCGCAAAAAACAUGAAGAUUCAGUGCCGUUGCGCCAGAAUGAUGACAACAAAGGCACACGCUUUACAUAAUAACAAGUUUAGGGAGAUAAUGAAGAUAAAGCAUGUGCCAGUUAACGAUAUCGUAUUCCAUACUUAUAAUAACAAAUUUGUUGAGCCAACUUUGAACGAAGGUUUUCAAGAAGUAAUUGAAGUCAAAUUCAAUCCAUGUUUUGAUAACAAGAGAGCUGAAAAUAUGUAUAGAUAUUAUUUGUUAGAGAAAUGAAAUAAUUGUAUUUAAGAAAAAUUGUUAAUGUGGUCAAAUAAAACUUAAAUUAUUUA